CUGCUGGACACGUGCUAAUGGAUGCGACAAGGUUUACUUUGGAAUAUCACACAUUCAAGCAGCAAGACAAACCAUGAGUACAGAACCACUGCCUACGUUUGACCAGCUUCCACCAGUUAUAGGCGCCCCAAAAGGCUGUGCAUGGGGCCUGUUUGACAAGGAUGGCGUCAAAGACCAGAUUGGCACGCUCAAUCUUUUGACACCGGAUGUCGUACUGGCAGCGUCCAGAGAGAUCAUCACUGGCGAGAGUGUUGCACUGAAUUGGGCCCUCGAAAAUCCGCCAUCCCCGUACUACCGAGAGAAAUUCCAGCAUACUAUCAAAGAUGUGGGCAAAGAAUAUGGCAUGCCGAUCUGCUGCUAUGACGAUAUUGUGACGUUCAAUACGCAAUCAAGCUCACAAUGGGAUGGCUUCAGGCAUUGGGGUCAUGCCGAAUCCCGACAGCAUUACAACGGAGUCAUGCAUGACGACGUAUUGGAGGGAAACGAUAUCAGCAUGCAUCAAUGGAGCGAACGUGGAGGAAUUGUGGGUCGCGGCGUGCUUGUUGACUUUGUUUCCUGGGCAGAGAUAAAUGGGGUGGAGAUCAGAGCGUCAACGUCGCAGGUCAUAUCGCUCGAUGUUAUCAAACGAAUACUGAGGGAAGAGGGUGUCGUUAUCAAAAAGGGCGACAUCCUGCUUCUUCGCACUGGACUCUUACAGGCUUACAACAUGUGCUUCAACGACAGCGAACGGAACAAAGUCAUGCGAUCCUCGGAUUCAAUCGGUGCAGAAGCAUCAGAAGCGAUGGUGCAGUGGUUGUGGAACAAUCACUUCUCUGCCGUUGCGGGUGACGCCGCUGCCUUUGAAUCACAACCCUUUGUUAAAGAAUAUUCUCUGCACGACUAUCUGUUGGUCUGGUGGGGAAUGCCGAUUGGAGAAAUGUGGGAUCUCGAAGGUCUGGCCGAGAAAUGCAAAGCCCACAAGCGGUGGACUUUUUUCAUCACGAGCGCGCCCUUGAAUGUGAAAGGAGGUGUGGCCUCUCCACCUAACGCACUUGCUGUCUUCUAGAGAGAGACGGACGCCGAACGGCUGGCGGCUUUGGGAUAUAUUCGGUCCCAUAAAAUACUCCUGUCGGGGAGGCCAGUAGAGUGCUGCGGACCCAGGUGUCUGUUCAGACCUUGGCGAAAAGUGGCAAAAGCAAGGCUCUAAGGGGAAUAAUAGAUUUUCUUACGAAUCGGAACU